AUGGCCGAGCGGGGAGCUCUGUGGCUCCUCUCCUGUCUCACCUUUCUGUGCACGGAGAGUACGGCGGCCAAGCAUGUCGACAAAGCAUCAGCAGCACAGCCUUUCAGCCCAUUCUGGUUCACAGUGGAGCCCCAGGACGUGGUGGCCAUUCGAGGGAACUCUGCGCUGCUCAACUGUUCGGCACACAGCGACGUAACCGCGCCAGCACGCAUAGAGUGGAAGAAAGACGGCACCUUCAUGAGUCUGGUUUCGGAUGAGAGACGGCGAAUACUUCCUGAUGGUUCCCUAUUCUUCACCCAUGUAGUUCACUCAAAGCACAACAAACCUGAUGAGGGCACUUACCAGUGUGUGGCCACCAUUGAAAACCUGGGAUCCAUUUCUAGUCGCACAGCACACCUCUAUGUUGCAGGAAUGCCCAGGUUCGCCAGCCAGCCAGCACCUACCACUGUGCGUCAAGGUGACAGCCAAAUCAUGGCCUGUGAGGUCAACACAGACCUGGUGCCUUUCACCCGCUGGGAGAAAGAUCGUCAGCCCCUGGAGCUCAACUCAAGGCUGGUCCAGCUAUCCACUGGUGCCUUGGUCAUCAGCAAUGCCACAGAAAGUGAUUCUGGUCUUUACCGCUGCUUAGUGGAGAAUGUGGGGUCAUCAAAGUCCAGCGAAGAGGCACAGCUCCAGAUCCUGCCUGAAACUGGAGAUGAGAGAAAGAUGGAGUUCCUUGUGCAGCCUGUGCCUGUGACUAAGGUGCUGGGCACCAGUGUUUUGCUGCCCUGUGUGGCCACGGGUUUUCCAACACCACAUGUGCGAUGGAUGUUUCAAGAUAAACUGCUUGAGGAAAGUGAGGGCCACAGAGAAUUGCUUGGAGGUGGCAGUCUUCAGAUAUUCAAUCUCAAAGAGGACGACGCUGGCAUCUACACCUGUGUGGCUGACAACGCCAAUGCAACAAUCGAAGCCCAGGCUCAACUCACUGUGCAAGUUCCUCCCCAGUAUGUGAAAAGGCCAGCCAACAUUUAUGCCCAUGAGUCCAUGGACAUCGUGUUUGAGUGCGAAGUCAGCGGUGCCCCAGCCCCCACUGUGAAAUGGGUGAAGAAUGGCGAUGCUGUUAUUCCAAGUGACUACUUCAAAAUUAUUAAAGAACAUGAUCUACAGGUUCUAGGCCUGGUCAAAUCUGAUGAGGGUUUCUACCAGUGUCUGGCAGAAAAUGAUGCAGGAAACAUUCAAUCCAGCGCCCAACUCAUCAUCUUGGAUCACGACGUAGCCCUGCCCCCACUCCCUCCCCCCUCACUGACUCCUAACACUACUGACCAUGUAACGCCAGGCUCUGGGGGUGUAGCUGGUCCAGCGGGACCCACUCCCUCCGCCCCCCGCGAUGUCGUGGCUUCGCUGGUUUCCACCCGCUUCAUCAAGCUUACCUGGCGCCCGCCGGCUGAACCGCACGGAGACGAGCUAACCUACUCUGUUUUCUACAGCCAGGAGGGCAUAAGCAGGGAGCGAGUUGUAAAUACAAGCCGGCCAGGGGAGUUGCAGGUCACCAUCCAGAGCCUGAUGCCAGACACCAAAUAUCGCUUUAGAGUUGUUGCUCAUAACAUCAACGGCCACGGGGAAAGCUCUGCCGGACUAAAGGUGGCCACCCAGGCUGAAGUUCAAGUACCCGGCCCGGCCCCAAAUCUGCAGGCGGCAUCGAAUACACCUACCUCUGUCACUCUGAGUUGGGAGAAACCCCUGACUGGCAAUGGAGAGGUCCUCACCUACAAGUUGUAUUACACCGACAAAAGCAUUGGCAAUGAACAGGACGUUGACGUGGAUGGUGUAUCGUAUACCAUGACCGGGCUGAAGAAAAACACACAGUACAGUUUCCGUGUGGUUGCAAACAACAAGCACGGUCCAGGUGUCUCUACUGAUGAUAUAAUGGUCCGCACACUGUCUGACGUGCCAAGUGCCCCUCCUCAAAAUUUCACUCUGGAGGUUCAGAACUCAAAGAGCAUCAUGCUUCGGUGGCAGCCCCCGCCCUUAAAUUCCCAGAAUGGAGAAAUCACUGGAUACAAGAUCCGAUACCGCAAAGGAUCACGGAGAAGUGAGGCAGCUGACACCACCGGGGGGACCCAGCUUUCCAAGCUUAUUGAUGGUCUCGAGCGUGGGACAGAAUAUUCCUUCCGGGUAGCUGCCAUAACCGUGAACGGCACGGGCCCAGCCACUGACUGGACUACAGCAGAGACAUUUGAAAGUGACCUGGAUGAAUCUCGGGUCCCAGACCAGCCCAGCUCUCUACAUGUCCGUCCGCUGGUCAACAGCAUAGUGGUGAGCUGGACGCCACCAGAGAACCAGGAUAUUGUCGUACGUGGCUACAGUAUUGGCUACGGCAUUGGCAGCCCUCAUGCUCAGACCAUCAAAGUAGAUUACAAGCAGCGCUACUACACUAUUGAAAACCUUGACCCCAGCUCCCAUUAUGUGAUCACACUCAAGGCCUUCAACAACGUUGGUGAAGGGAUUCCUGUAUAUGAGAGCGCCAUCACAAGGCCACAGUCAGACCCCAUAGACCCUGAUGUUGACCUGUACGAACUCUUCCAUGCUCCAUACACCCCAGUACCAGAUCCCACUCCUAUGAUGCCACCUGUGGGUGUUCAGGCGUCUGUGCUGAGCCACGACACCAUCAAGGUGACCUGGGCGGACAACUCGCUGCCCAAGAACCAAAAGAUCACCGAUAACCGCUACUACACAGUGCGAUGGAAGACCAACAUUCCUGCCAACACUAAAAUGAAGAUGGCCAACACCACUAGCCUGAACCAUGUGGUGACAGGACUGAAGCCCAAUACGCUGUACGAGUUCUCCGUUAUGGUGACCAAAGGCCGACGCACCAGUACAUGGAGCAUGACAGCACAGGGAACCACGUUUGAAACCAUUCCCAGCUCCUCCCCCAAAGAUGUGACAGUGGUGAGCAAAGAGAACAAACCUCGGACUAUCAUCAUCAAUUGGCAGCCUCCCUCAGAGGCCAACGGAAAGAUCACUGGUUACAUCAUCUACUACAGCACAGAUGUCAAUGCUGAGGAUCACGACUGGGUUGUUGAACCUGUGGUGGGCAACCGCUUGACCCACCAGAUCCAGGACCUGACUCUAGACACAACAUACUACUUCAAGAUUGAGGCUCGAAACUCAAAGGGCAUGGGCCCAACAUCUGAGGCCGUACAGUUUAGAACCCCAAAGACUGAAUCCUCUGACAAAAUGGCUAAUGACCAAGCAUCAAAUCUUCCAUCAAAGCCUGGACCUCCAGGCAACCAACUUCCCCUUGAUCCUGGAUCAGCAGUUGGAAAAGGAAUGGGAAACAGUGAAAAUCACAUCCUGGUCAUCGUCAUCAUCAUCUCAGUGGGAGCGUUCACCAUCAUCUUGGUGGUUGUGGGGGCUUUCCUGUGCACAAGGCGCACCACUUCACACCAGAAAAAGAAGCGGGCAGCCUCCAAGUCCUCCAAUGGCUCACACAAAUACAAAGGCAACUCCAAGGACCUGAAACCGCCUGAUCUCUGGAUCCACCACGAGCGACUGGAGCUCAAACCAAUGGACAAGUCACCAGAGCCAAACCCAGUCAUGACUGAAACACCAAUCCCCCGCACUUCCCAAGACAUUACGCCAGCUGACAGCGGCAUGGACAGCAACUCCCACCUACAGCAGAGGCGAAACUCCUACCGUGGCCAUGAAUCAGAGGACAGCAUGUCGACCCUUGCAGGCCGGCGGGGGAUGAGGCCUAAAAUGAUGAUGCCUUUUGAUGCACAGCCUCCUCAGCCUGUAAUUAGUGCUCAUCCCAUCCAUUCCCUCGAUAACCAUCAGCACCAUUAUCACAUGGGCAGCCUGGCGUCGCCCACGCGCAGCUACCUCUACCACCAAGGCGGCGGGCACCCUCGCUCAUAUGCCUGCAGCCCCAUCUCCCAUCUAGACAGGGUGGACUCCACAGAAUCGGUGAGGAAUACACCUUGUUCAGAGCCUCUUCCUCCAGCCGCUUCGUCCUCGCAGGCCUCCUGCCCCUCAGAGAUCUUGGCCGACCCCGAGGGCAGCUACCACGGCUCCACCACCACAGAGGAGGAGUCCUGCUACACCAGCAACCUGCCACCCCUGCGCUCGGCCCACCCGCAUGCCCACGCUCACCCUCUGAAGAGCUUCGCCGUGCCUGCCGUGCCACCUUCGAGUCACCCUUGCUUCGAGUCUCCUGCCCUGCCUAGCACUCCUUUGCUAGCUCAGACUGGGCCUCCCUCACAUCCCCAUGUGGUUAAAACAGCCUCCAUCGGGACUCUAGGAAGGACUCGAACGCCAAUGAUGGUCAAUGUUCCUAACGCCCCCGACGUACCUGAGACCAGCAAGAUGCUGGAAGACGUCGAUAGCGUGCUUGCCUCCCUGCCCCCCUGCCCCUCCCCCGCCCCUCGCAGUAACCCUGUUCCUCUCCCUCAGAGCUACGAGCCCGACGAGCUGACUGAGGAAAUGGCCCACUUGGAAGGUCUCAUGAAAGACCUCAACGCCAUCACCACAGCGCCAUGA